AUGUGGACAAUGAGUAUGGCCCAAGUCUGUGUGCCCAUCUGCACUCUUAUACUUGUUAUUUCUCUUCGCUCGUUUGCUGAGGAGCAUGACGUCACUCCGCGACUCACCUUCUCCUAUGAUGCAAAUGAGAGAACAUGCAGAAGUUUCUCAUCGAACGGCGUUGUCAAUUUCACAUCACUCCUACUCAGUAAAGAAGACAACAUGCUGUACGUCGGCGCACGCGAGAUUCUCUUUGCGCUCAACCUUUUGGACAUCAGCGCAACAAAGCUGCAACGAAAUCUCACGUGGAAAACUCCGGACAAAAAGCGAGGCGAGUGCAGUUUCAAAGGAAAAGACUUGCAAACGGAUUGUUUCAACUACAUCAAGAUCUUGCUGCCAGUGAACAGCACUCAUCUAUAUGUGUGUGGAACGUAUGCCUUCAGCCCCAUCUGUGCUUAUAUUAACACUGCCAACUUCUCCCUAGUCAGACAUAACUCCGGUGAGAUUAUAACCGAGGACGGACGAAGCCGUUGCCCCUUCAACCCAGAGUAUAAGUCCACCGCUAUCAUGGCUAAUGGAGAGCUGUAUGCUGGCACAGUCAGCAAUUUCCAGGGAAAUGAGCCCAUCAUUUACAAGAGUCUUAGCCAAGGAACCACUCUCAAAACGGAGAACUCUCUCAAUUGGCUUCAAGAUCCGGCAUUCGUCGGCUCCGCCUACAUCCAAGAGAGCCUGCCUGAGGGCAACCCGGUGGGCGACGACGAUAAGAUUUACUUCUUCUUCAGCGAGGCGGGCAAGGAGUUUGAUUUCUUUGACAACACAGUGGUGUCGCGUAUCGCUCGCGUGUGCAAGGGAGACCUAGGAGGAGAGAGGGUCUUGCAGAAAAAGUGGACCACCUUCCUCAAAGCGCAACUGUUGUGCUCGUUGCCUGAUGACGGUUUCCCCUUUAACAUCAUACAGGAUAUGUUUGUGUUAACUCCCAGCCCUCAGGACUGGAAGAAAACCGUAUUUUACGGAGUCUUCACCUCUCAGUGGUACAACGGCGCCUCGGGAACAUCUGCUGUGUGUUCUUUCACCAUGGAGCAGGUGGAAAAGGCUUUCAGCGGACGGUACCGUGAGGUCAAUAGAGAAACCCAACAGUGGUACACAUACAACCAUCACGUCCCAGAACCGCGGCCUGGAGCGUGUAUCACGAAUGCGGCCCGCAAACAAGGCGUCUUGUCAUCACUGGACAUGCCCGACAAGGUCCUGAAUUUCGUCAAAGACCACUUCCUAAUGGACAACGUGCUUCGUAGUCAGCCCCUGCUGCUCAAACGCCACGCUCGCUACACGCAGAUCGCCGUCCAUCAAGUAGUGGCGGGAAGCAAGGCCUACCAUGUGCUCUUCAUUGGAACAGAUGAUGGCCGACUCCAUAAAGCCAUGAGUGUCAAAAACAAGAUGCACAUCAUUGAGGAGCUGGUACUCUUCCGUGACUCGCAGCCAGUGCACCACAUAGAACUGGACUCGGAUAAGGGCCUUCUGUAUGUUUCCACUUUUUCUGAACUGGUGGAGGUCCCACUAGCUAACUGCACUAAUUACCAGAGCUGCGGGGAGUGUAUCCUCUCCAGGGACCCGUACUGCGCCUGGAACGGCAGACAGUGCGUUGAUGUCAGACGGGCUCCGCCAAGCAUUGUACUUCAGCGGGAUGUGGACAAUGCAGACGCUUCAGCUGUUUGCAACAAAACUGUGGCUAGCGCGCGGUUUGCUAAGUCUGCACGUGCACGAAUGUCGUCUUGCCAGACUAUCGUUAUCCCCGCCAACACCUUCCAAGUGCUGCCGUGCAAGCUGCGCUCCAAUCUGGCUGAGAGGUCGUGGAAGUUCAGCGAGACUUCCGGUCACUUUCACUACCAAAGCCCGGAGGGGGGGCUGGUGGUAGUCGCUCAGGCGGACAGACAGGAGACCUACGAGUGCUGGUCGGUGGAGGAAGGCUUCCAACAGCUCUUGGCGAACUACUGCGUACGUGCCGAGACCAGAAGCGAAAGCAGCACCCAGAGGGGCCGACCGCGUACCUCUUCCGCCUCGCAAGAUCAUUUCGUCCUCCUUCCCGGAGAGGCUCACUCCCCGCAGAUCAACACCAAAACUUACUGGAACGAACUCAUCGUAGUGUGCUCGCUCCUGGCGUUCGCCUUGCUGGUCUUCUCCUUGUUCCUGGUCUACAGGAACCGCGAUCACAUGAAGUCCAUGCUCAAGGAAGGUGAGUGCCCUAACAUGCAACAGAAGAAGCCCAAGCCCGCUGAGAACUUACCGCUGAACGGCAACGCCGUGGCGGUCUCGGUGCCGGACCACAAGGGCUAUCAGACGCUUCACGACAACUACACGUGCGGAACGCCUCCGCACGAGUGCUCGUCGCCGGACGACGGCAAGAGCUUUUCCGAGUCGGAUAGGAGGCCGCUGGACUUGCAGGAGAGCCACGUGGAGAUCUCGUCCAUCAGCCCGCGACCUCGAGUCAGACUGGGAUCAGAGAUUAAAGACUCGGUAGUGUAA